CAGACAGAAGGCAAUCUGCGAGACUUAUCUCGGUCACACAGCUUCGGGCCGAGCCAUUCGGCUGCUGGUUUAUCUGCUCCUGCACACACCCUCUCACUGGGGAAGUGUCCCUCCUCCACCUCCUCAUUCCUGCUGACUCCCUUCUCACACCAGUCCCCUCUCACCCCUCUGUGGAUGCCCGUGGCUUCUACUAAUGGAGCGGAUGACAGUCACACAGCAACCGAGGCUGUCAGUCACUCGAGGCUCAGUGUCAACUUUUGAAAAGGAGGAAGUGAGGGUCUCCAUCACAGGAAGUGAAGACGCCUUGAGGUCAAACAACGUCCCGGCAGCGGCAGAUCCGAUACUCACUCAGCCCGGCCUCGGCAUCACCACGACGACCAUCACCACCAUCACACAGACGGGAGGAGACUGGAGCACUGGCCUGCUGAACGUCUGCGGAGACAAGACCACAUGUGCGCUCGGGGCUCUGGCGCCGUGCUGUUUGGACCUGAGUUUAGCUCAUCAGUACGGAGAAUGUCUCUGCACGCCACUGCUGCCGGGAUCCACUUUCGCCAUGCGAGUUGGGAUCAGGGAGCGGUACAAGAUACGGGGAAGUGUGUGUGAGGACUGGACCACAGUGUAUUGCUGUUACCCUCUGGCUGUGUGUCAGAUGAUAAGAGAGAUGAAGCGGCGGAUGAAGACGCAGACCUAUCAAGUGUCCACUGCCCUUGAAUGCGCGUGAAGAAACUCUAGCCGGCAAACGAGGCCCGUCCUUCCACCACGCAACGGGGACGGCAGAGGCCCAACUGAGACGUGCUGUAUGAAUAGCACAAAGGAUCAAUACCACAUGGUUUCUAAUGUCCUUGUGAACAGUGAAUCAAGCCUAUCGUACAACUUUCAGAAGAAGCCUUCGAAGGAGGAACAUUUAUUUAACUUAUUAACAUUUUUACACCUUUCUAUAAAAUAAAUAGCUGUGUGAACUGUUGACCACUUCUGAGUUGACUUUUAGAAUCAAAGACAGUUGGAUGGUUUAUGAAAGUA